CUGGCUAUGUGUUCCUGUCCAAUGUGAGUUUGUGAGCGUAUGUGUGAGGUCUUGUUUUCACGUUUGGACGUAUGCAGGAAUUCACUGGAGUGUGGGUGAGGGACCCUCGCAUCCAGAAGGAAGAUUUCUGGCAUGCCUACAUGGAUUAUGAAAUCUGUAUACAUACAAACAGUUUGGCCUUCACUAAGAAGUGUUCCUGUGUGCGGCGGAGAUACAGCGAGUUUGUGUGGCUAAGAAAAAAGCUACAGGAAAAUGCCAUGCUCAUAACACAUCUACCCAAACUUCCUCCAAAAAACCCGUUUUUCAGUCUCAACAAUGCCAGAGAAAUUGGAGUCCGUAUGCAGGGACUCCGGAAAUUUCUAGAAAUCGUGGUACACAGUCCGGUUCUGCUGUCGGACAGUUGCUUGCACCUCUUCCUACAGUCCCAACUGAGUGUGAAACAAAUGGAGGCCUGUGCUGAAGGCAGGAGUCGCUACACAGUGUCUGAGGCCAUUCACAGUUUUGGCUCAGGAAACAAACGCUUUGAUUCUCAAUCUGAAGAGAACAUGGAAGAGGAGGAAGAUAUGCACUGACAAUCCGAGUGACUGACUAUUUCUUGCCAAUAAAAUGGAGCAAAUUUACUAAAUUUACAUAGGCAUUGCUGAAGUGGAACCCAUGCUUGAAGAGGGACAAUGAAACAUGAAACAAGUUACUGUCAUUCAUUGUUGAGUAAAACA